GGAGGCUGGCUGGGAGGCUGGCUGGGAGGGACGUCCUAGCUUGUCGGCGCCUGCGGGCUGCUGCAGGCUCUUCCCGGGCGUGUAGUCCAGGUGGCCGGGCGUGUAGUCCAGGUGGCCGCGCGUGGUGGCCCGCGGGGCUUUGAGCGGGCGGGGCCCUACACCAGCGAUAGCUUUAAGGGGAGGAGUACUCGUCAGGGACAACACUGUGCGGGUUAAUUUGGGAAGUGAUGGUUAAAGGUCCUGGCUUGAGACUCAUUUGUGUUGUUAAUUUGGAUGGGGGUAGAGAUGGAAGCUGCUCCAGUUAACACUGAGUUCUGUCUGGAGAGGUAAAGACACUUGAAUUGUAGGUACUGAUUUGGUUCCGCUAUGGGGGCUUUAUUUUGGUCCCGUGUGCUUCCGUUUGAGCAGUCGGUGGUGGAAUUACUAAUUUUUAAGAGCAUCAGAGUUAUUUGAAAACGGUGGUGAAGGGAGCAGAAUGAGAGGAAAAGGGAGGAAUUCCUUUUUUACCUCGAGGAGUUUCAUUUCUAGAUCGUGGCAAAAGAGAAGGAAAACAAAUCAAGGUGAACUGAAGAAAAUGAGUCUUUCCCCAGAGGAGAUAGAAGAUGGGGAAGAUGAGACGUCAGAAGAUAAGGACAAUGGCAGUAGAGGUGAGGUUGAUGUCCCUCAGAAAAAUGGUAGGAAGAUUACUACUGCUCCAGGAAAUAAAAUCGAGAAAAAAAAGUUUCUGGCUCCCACGUUUGCUGAGAAAUUAAUAUCACCAUGCAGGGGCCAAGUUGCCGAAAGACAGGAGGAGUGCCAUGCUCGAGAACCAUGAGAAGAGACAUGAGAACCCUGAGGAGGAUGAAGAGCCUAUGAAGAAAGCACCUGAUAAACAGAAGGAGGAAAUGACCAAACAGAAGGCUUCCCCUGAAACCAAAAAUCAGAAAUUAGAAGCUAAACCACCUGUAAGUUUCAAACUAUUUGUUGGAAACCUGAACUUCAACAAAACUGUUGCUGAACUAAAAACUGGUCUUAGUGAACUUUUUGCUAAAAAUGACGUCGCAGUCGUUGGUGUCAGAGUUGGCUUGUCCAGGAUUGCCUCUAUUGACUUCAAGUCACAGGCCGAUGCAGAGAGAGCCUUGGAAGAGAAGCAAGGAACAGAGAUUGGUGGGCUUGCUGUAGUUCUGAACCUUGUCAGAGCAAAAAUCCAAGGCCAAGAUGAGAGAGACAGAAAAAAGUGCAACUGGAGAAUGGGAAAACGAAAGUUAGAACAAGAAAACCAUGCACUUGAAGAAAAAUGGGAGAGAGCUUAUUUCUUUGUGGAGGUAAAAGAACGUUCCUGCAUGUUUAAUAUGCAAAGUCUGUCUGUGUCAAGAGAAUGUGACCUAAGACACCGUUAUGAAAGCAACCAUCGUAGGAACCAUGAUGGAUUUACAGAAAAGAUGUGUGAUAGAAAAUUCAACGAACUGAAAAAAAGACUGAAAUUUCAACAUGAUUUGCUUUUGAAUGUGAAUAAAAUAAGUGAUGCUGCUAUGAAAUGUAGUUACAUAUUAAGUGAGAAAAUUGCCCAGGCAGCCAAACCUUUUGCAGGUGGUGAGUUUAUCAAGGGCUGUCUGUUGAGUGCAGCAGAAAUCAUGUGCCCUGAACAGAGACAAGCGUUUGCCAACAUAAGACUAACUGGUAGUGUUGUUGCCCAGCAUGUUGACAACAUGACUGAGAACUUGCAGGACAAGUUGCAAGAAAAAGCUGAAUCAUUUGUGGCUUUUUCCAUUGCAGCUCAGGAAGGAGUGGAUGGAAAUAACGACCCCCACGUAGGUGUAUUUAUUCGUGGUGGCAAUGAAACUUUUGAUGUGACCGAAGAUCUUCUGGACAUGGUCCCCAUAACAGGCACAACAUCAGGAAAUGAAUUAGUUUUACAUGUUGAGAAAAGUCUUAAAACAUUUAACGUGGACUGGUCAAAAUUGGUGAGUAUUAGCACAGAUGGUGACUCUGCGAUGGUUGGUGUUAACUAGUUGCAAAACUGAAAUCUAAAGUAUCAGGGCUGGGCUUCCCUGGUGGCACAGUGGUUAAGAAUCCGCCUGCCGAUGCAGGGGACACGGGUUCGAGCACUGGUCCAGGAAGAUUCCAUGUGCCGUGGAGCAACUAAGCCCGUGCGCCACAACUACUGAGCCUGCGCUCUAGAGCCCGCGUGCCACAACUACUGAAGCACGCACGCUUAGAGCCCAUGCUUCACAACAAGAGAAGCCAGUGCAAUGAGAAGCCUGCACACCGCAAUGAAGAGUAGCCCCCGCUCACUGCAACUAGAGAAAGCCCGCAUGCAGCAACGAAGACCCAAUGCAGCCAAAAAUAAAUAAAAUAAAUAAAUUUAUUAAAAAAAUAAAAAAUAAAAAAAUAAAGUGUCAGAGCUUUGCCAAGACACAGAACUUAAGUCUGUGCACGGCCUCAUUCUCCAGGAAUCACUUUGUGCUAAAAGGUUAAAAAUGGUAGUUAAAAAACUACCGUGUCAUGGACAUAGUAGUUUAUACCAUAAUCUAGAUACGCUCCCAUGGCUCAGACCA